AUGUCGGCGCUGGGGGCGGUGGAGGCGGCGGGGGGGCCCCUGUUCCGGCCCCUCAGCGCCGAGGACGGCGAGCAGCGGCCGGCCGAGAUCGAGUCUCUGUGCAUGAACUGCUUCCGCAACGGGGUGACGCGGCUCCUGCUCACCAGGAUCCCCUUCUUCAAAGAGAUCAUUGUCAGCUCCUUCGCCUGCGACAGCUGCUCCUGGUCCAACACGGAGAUCCAGUCCGCAGGCAGGAUCCAGGAGCAGGGCGUGCGCUACACCCUGGCUGUCACCUCCCGUCAGGACAUGAACAGGGAAGUGGUGAAGACCGACUGUGCUAUGGCUCAAAUUCCGGAGCUGGACUUUGAGAUCCCUGCUUUCACCCAGAAGGGAGUUCUUACCACCAUCGAAGGGAUAAUUGACAGAGCUGUCGCAGGCCUGGAGCAGGACCAGCCCGUCCGCAGGGCGACAGAUGAAGAGGUAGCAAAUAAAAUAGAUGAGUUCAUUGGUAAACUAAAGCAGCUGAAAGAAGUACAUUCCCCCUUCACCUUUAUCAUAGACGAUCCUUCAGGGAACAGCUUUGUGGAGAACCCUCAUGCGCCGCGGAAGGAUGACGCUCUCGUGGUCACUCACUACAGGAGGACUCCCCAGCAGGCUGCCCUGCUGGGACUGGAGGGAGAGGAGUUGGAUGAGAAGCCAGCUGAUUCUGCGGAGGAUCUGAGGAAUGAGGUGCUGCAGUUCAACACCAACUGCCCCGAGUGCAACGCUCCAGCUAACACAAAUAUGAAGUUAGUGCAAAUCCCACACUUCAAGGAGGUGAUUAUCAUGGCCACAAACUGUGACUCCUGUGGGCACAGGACAAAUGAGGUGAAGUCCGGAGGAGCAAUUGAACCGCAAGGCACCAGGAUUACCCUUCGGAUUACAGACCCUUCCGACAUGACAAGGGAUAUCCUAAAGUCAGAGACGUGCAGCGUGGAGAUCCCAGAGCUGGAGUUCGAGCUGGGGAUGGGAGCGCUGGGCGGGAAGUUCACCACGCUGGAAGGGCUGCUGAAGGACAUCAGAGACCUGGUUGAGAGAAACCCCUUCACGCUGGGGGACAGCUCUACGCCCAGCAAAACGGAAAAGCUGCAAGAGUUCAUUGGGAAACUGCAUGAGAUCACAGAGGGAAAGACAAAGGCUCACUUCAUCAUGGAUGACCCUGCAGGCAACAGCUAUCUUCAGAACGUCUACGCCCCAGAAGAGGACCCGGAGCUGAAAGUGGAGCGCUACGAGCGUACGUUUGAGCAGAACGAAGACCUGGGCCUGAACGACAUGAAGACGGAGGGCUAUGAAUUGGAGGGAGCCUCGGGCCGGUAGCCGGGCGCAG